AUGCACGUCCGGGCGUCCGGCUGCCAUGACGCGGAUCAAGUGCCGUGUGUGACACUGAUCAGUGGACUCGCACGACACGAGGCACCAAGCAAGCCAUCACUCCCGCGAGCCGGCGACGCGUACUCGCAGACCGCACCCGUGCAGUGCACGCCUGACGCUGACGCCCCAACCGUGCAUGCACAACAACCAAGGGGAAAGGUGCGAGCAAUGGACGCUGACGCCGGACCAGAGCGAUACGGGUGUGUGCACUACAGGAGGAAAUGCAAGAUAAGGGCGCCGUGCUGCGGCGAGGUAUUUGAUUGCAGGCACUGCCACAACGAAGCCAAGGAUUCACUGGAGGUCAGCGUCCACGACCGCCACGUGGUUCCCCGUCACGACAUCAAGCUGGUUAUCUGCUCUCUCUGCAAUAAAGAACAGGAUGUACAACAAGAUUGUUCAAAUUGUGGAGCAUGUCUCGGUAAAUACUUCUGCGCAAAAUGCAACUUCUUCGAUGAUGAUGUAUCUAAGAACCAAUUUCACUGUGAUGGAUGCGGCAUAUGUAGAACUGGUGGUGCAGAGAAUUUCUACCACUGUGAUAAAUGUGGAUGCUGCUACACCUCUCUGUUGAAAGAUUCUCACCGUUGCGUGGACAGAGCUAUGCAUAACAACUGCCCCGUAUGCAUUGAGUAUCUAUUCGACUCGACGAAAGCUAUCAAUGUGCUCCAUUGUGGACACACGAUUCACCUGGAAUGCCUGUACGAGAUGAGAGCGCAUCAGCAGUUCUCAUGCCCGGUUUGCCUGAGGUCUGCCUGCAACAUGUCCGACAUAUGGCAAAAGCUGGAUCAAGAGGUCGCAGCGUCCCUGAUGCCGGCCAUCUAUCAGAAGAAGAUGAUAUGGAUCCUGUGCAACGACUGUGGCAUGACGGCGAACGUGCAGUUCCACAUCUUGGCGCACAAGUGCCCUGGAUGCAGCUCUUACAACACCCGGCAGACGAGGGGCGAUCCAGCUGCAUGCUCCAGAGUUUGA